AAACAGAGACCAAAAAAUGAUCACAUUCAGUCACUGACUCUCUUGAAAAAACCUUUUGGAUCAAUACAAAUUUCACAAUGUUCUCAGCAGCUCUAAACUGCCCAGGUACCAUACAGCUCACUGUCCUUAACUGUGAUGUAGAAGAAAAAAAUAUAGCAAACAAGGAGUUCUAUACUUUGCUCUGGGAGGAUCUGACCAUGGAAACCAGACAACAAGAAAGGACAGCUCUGUUGGAACGUAACAGUAUCCACCAUGAGCAAUAUGAGAAGCAACAGCAAGAUAUCUUUCUGGUGCAGAGAUCCCCUUAUCUGAACAUACAGAUGGGCAGACUUGGAGAAAAGAUGCGGCAAUACCAACUGCCUUACAAGAAUGUGCUUCCUGUACCUUUAUUUAUGCCGUGCAAGCUUCCAGUUCAACAUAGCCCAGCUGAAGAAUGGAAACCCCCAACAAUGGACAGGCAGACAGCUAUGUCGAAUGGCUAUGCUACUGCAAAAAGAGAGGUUGAGCAAAUUAAAAAGGAUUUGCCUAAAUUGAUUCAGCCAGCCAAACUGGAUUUCCAAGUCUCCAGUCUAGUAUCUUGUCCACAUAUGGCAUUGCAGCCUAUGCUCUAAUUAUUACUGAAUCAUAGUUAUAGUUAUUCUUAACAGCUUGGCUUUCUAUGGUUUUUAAAAGUGCAUUGUUUUGUUGUGAUAGGUUUGCUAUAUUGAAGAUCAUUAAGUAAAACCCUAAUGAAUCAAACAAUGUUUAGAAGAAAUCUACUUUGCUAAAUAUUGUAUUUAGUUCAACACCAGAGACGGUCCAAAGUAAAAGCCUGGAUUCAAAGUAAAACCCUGGAUUCAAAGACACCUGGAAUAUGAGCAUAGGCGCCAACUCUGUGGGUGCUCCAGGGCUCAAGCACCCACCAAAAAAAAUUAGCAGGUGCUCAGCACCCACAGAGUCAUGCUUUCAGACGUUUAAAAAAUAAAACCGUGCACUUUAUUGGAAGAAGCGGUUACUUCAAUCCGACUCUGCAGUGUCUGUAAAGAUCAAGUAUUUAAGUGGGACUUUUUGGCGCUUUUAGCUAAAGCUGAUUCAAUUAGCUAUUAGAUAAAAGUGCCAAAAAAGCCUCAGUAAAGCAUCUGAUCUUUAUAGACGCUGCAGAACCAGGCUGAAGUAAUUGCGCUCCCUCUUCUGGGCAUGUGUAGGGCUCGGCACCACUUAACACCAGGGUUUUUCUUUUUUUACAUCUGCAAGCACCCACUGGCAAUAAACAAAGUUGGCACCUAUGAAUUUGGGGAAGGAGAUUUUAAAAUUUGGGACUGUCUCUUUUUAGCAUAUAAACUGCUUCUGGAAGAAGCUUUCCCUUCCUGAGAAAAGUAAACAUAAUAGUGUACCCCGUACAACACUUUGUAAUUGCCAAAUAUCGGGGCAAAUCAACCUCAAACUGGCCCAACCUCAGGAACACAGCGCAGGAAAAUAUCUGAGAUGGAGAAUGAAUAGAACUACAGUCAAAAUGUGUCAGUAUGGUUAAGAAGGGCAACCAGAUGUGUGAAGAACUGGAAGUGAGGUCAGGAAAUACCAGCACAAAGCCAACAGGAGCUGUUUUAACUGGCUACUGCAAAGUUCCCUUUAACUUAGAGGCAUCCACAGAUUGCCUUGAGCAACAUCAGUAACUCCCCUGCACCAUCCUUCCUUUCAGUCAUUUCCAUUGGGGAUAUAUCAGGGAAAAGGGAUGUGGCCAGGCCAGGACUGCUAUUUCACUAGCAGCUCCAUGGAGGCCACUGGCAGCUAAUCUAAAUUAUAGCAGAUAUCCAACUGCUCUGAUAUACACUGGGGACCUGCAUGGCGCCUGGAUGGCCCCAGGAAAAGUUCAGGAGUUUGGAUGCACGCCUAGCGCUCUUCAGUUUUACUACAUAAUAGGCAUAGUCCUUUCACAGCAUCUGACAAAGUGGGCUGUUGCCUACAAAAGCUCAUGUCUCUGAACCAGUUAGCCUCUACAUGGUACUGCCGUGCCCUGCCCUGCCUCCCACCAGAGAACUGGCCACGUCACAAGAAUCUUAGCAUUUAUAUGUUAUACCCAUCUACGUGUUCCCUGAGGCAGCAAGAUUACUGAGGGGCUGAAAAAGGUUCAGAGAAAAGCAAUUAAAAUAGGUACUAUAUAAAAAAUGGAGUUGAACAGGAUUGAGAUUGUUAAGAGUAAGUUUUGAGGUGUAAGUAAGGUUUUAUAGUGCUCAGUGGAAUAAUGAGAACAGUCAUAUGUGCUAGCUGAAUAAUAACAAUGAAUAAUAAUAAAUCCCAUCAUGUGGGGGUAAAGUUAAUAAGGAAAAAGCAAACAUGCCUCUUCAUAGCGGCAGCUUUUGUGUAACUCCUUCUUUAUGUCAGGAGUAGCAAUAGAUUUAUAAUUAAAUAUAUUUGCCAUAAAACUAAGCAUAAGAUAUGAAUAUGGUAGGAAACUAAUUUGGGAUAGAUAUAAUUGGAUUCUGAACUUGGUUUUAGCUCAUAGUAUUUCUUAAUGUGUUCUGUCUGUGGAAUUAUAUAAUGAUUUAUCUGAAGGUAAAAUACAAAAUAAAAGGUGCAGACAAAUUAAGAAUGCAUUGCAUCUUAAAAAAAUUAAUUAACAGAACCUAAAGGUUGCUAAGUCAAGCACCCCUAAUGUAGGGAACGCUGGAAUGAUUUGCUCCUGCAUCUGCUCUGCUCCUGUAUCUCCCCACCCCAGCAUCUUCUCUUCUCCUCCUUCCUUGUGCUUCUCUCCCUUUGCUCUUCCCCUUAUUCUAAUCCCUCCAUUUUUUGUCAUGCUCCCUGAAUUCUUUCCCUUCUGCUCUGCCUGUCUUCAGCUUUCUCUAGGUUGUUAACUGCCUGUAAAUUUACAGAGAGUCCAUAAAAAAAACAGGCUAAAAACACCUGUCCAUGAAGUCUGUAAAAGAUCAGUGUCACGUGUAAAAAACUAAAAAACAGUUAAUUCAUUUGAAGAUCUGUCGUCAUCGUGGGAAUAAGUCUAGAUUGGGCAGGUGGUCAGACUGAGUCUACCCUGGAUGUCAGCAAGCCUUUGAUGAAACUUAGUAAGUCUCUACAAAGCAUUUCAGGUUUUUUUUUAAAUCUAGCUUUCUUUUCUUACUAGAUGAGAAAAAGUUUUAAUGUGCUUAUCUUUGCUCCCAGUCAGUGUCUACACUUGCAGUAUGGGGCAUUAGUUAUUGCACUGUUUUGUAGUACCUGUAUGUACAGGUGUCACAGGGCACUAAGGUGCCUGCUUCUGUAAGAGCAGAAACUGCCUAGGGAAAGGGCCCUAUGAGCUAGAUAGAAGUCCACAAGUGCAGAUUACUAUGGCGAUAGGUUAACAAGUAAAUUAGCCUGUACCUGCACCCGGUCAGCUGACUGGAAGAGGCAGGACCCUGGGCAAAUAUAAACCCCAGGGCUGGGAGUAGAGGUUUAGUUCUAUCAGCAGCCAGGGGGGAAGGAACUCUUAGAGAAGCUCACCAGAGAAGCUUGGCUGCUUGUUCUACCCCGGGUAGGAUUAAGGGGCUCCGGGAGCUCACUGGAGACCCUGGCCUAUAAGUACAUAGUGCUGGAAGAAGUUUGAUGUUUUAAAGGGACA